CUUCUAGAAUGUAUUCUCAAGUGCACUUGACUUCUCAAUCUCACCUCUUCAAUUCUUCUGUAGGCUAUCACUGACGACAGCCCGUCCAGUGCUGACAGCCAGGUAUUCAUCGUUCCGUUCCACAGUAGCAUUACAGCCAAGUGCGCGCACUCGUGCUGUCUUACGUCACUGUGCUCGCUCCUCUUCUCGCGCGCUGGUUAAAAAGAAGGAGGAAAGAGCUAGGGGAAACAUGUGAGCGCUCUGAGGAUCUAGUGAGAGACAAUUUUGUGCUUACUUUUUUGACCCAAUGCACUGUGCUGAAACGGAUUUUAAAUCAGAAGGAAGGACACAAGUGAAGCUUACUGCAAUUCUCAGAGCUUUCUUAUCCUUUGCUUUGUUUUCUUUACGAGAGAAAAAUGUGUAUUUCUGGGGUAUGCCAGCAUAACCAGCACUACCAUUAAUUUAUUUUAAAUAACAUUUUUUUCUCUAGCAAAUAUUUAAUUCUGAUUACUUAAUGCGCAUACCUUUAUUAAACUAAAUUAUUAUAAUCGUUUACCUGUGAUACAGCAUAUAUAAAUAUAGAGAAUAUAGUAUUUUGUAGGUUUGCGCCGUUGCUUCCAACAGUGAUUUCUCUCAUAUAUUUUGGUUCCAACGUUUUUUCAAUAUGAGGCAUUUGAAAUUUGUACUCGUGUUGGCUAUUGCAGUCAACGUUUGGGAAUGUGGGGAUUCCAAAUUUGGCGAGAAGGGGGAAAUAAGCCCGAGGAGAAGGAGAUGUUACGACGGGAGCAUGCCCAAGCGACUGAAGAAGAGGGAAAGAAAACUGUCAGUGGACAGCGAUGCAAGCAGCGGGGAAGUUUGUCACAGGUUGUACCCUCGUGUGUCAUGCUGUCCAACCAGGCGUGCUGCUUAUCAGAUAGUCCACCGGCGUGAUGCCAGGAUCUUCUCCACCAAUAACACGGAGUGCAGCCGUCUCCUGGAGGAGAUCAAGUGUGCACACUGUUCGCCCAACGCCCAAGUGCUGUUCCACUCCCCCGAGUCGGACAAGGUCCCCCUCAGGGAGCCCCACCUGCCACGCCUCUGCCAGGACUACUGCCGUGAGUUCUACUAUACCUGCCGCGGACACAUACCAGAGCUGUUCCAAGCCGAUGUGGAUGAGUUCUGUCAAUACUACGGACGGCGGGACGGAGGUCUGUGCUUCCCAGAUUUCCACCGAAAGCAAACACGGGGACAGGACUCCAACUACUUGGGAGAUGAGAAAGUCGAAGACAUCAACAGGAAGCACAAGCACAACUGCUACUGUGCCCAGGUGGUGUUGAGUGGGCUGAGGCAGCCAGUAGCCGUGGUGCACUGUGGGGACGGAUCCCAGCGCCUCUUUGUCCUGGAGAAGGAGGGCUUCGUCCGGGUGCUGACCCAUAACAUGGAGCUGCUGAAAGAGCCUUUCCUGGACAUCCACAAGCUGGUGCAGACCGGACUCAAGGCAGGAGAUGAAAGGGGUCUGCUAGGUCUCACAUUCCACCCCAAUUACAAGAAGAACGGCAAGCUGUACGUCUCCUACACCACCAACCAGGAGCGCUGGGCCAUCGGACCGCACGACCACAUUCUGCGCGUGGUCGAGUACACCGUCUCCAGGAAAAACCCCAACAUGGUGGACAGUAGGACCACACGGAUGCUGAUAGAAGUGGCAGAGCUGCACAGGAAGCACCUGGGAGGACAGCUGCUGUUUGGCCCUGACGGCCUGCUGCACAUCGUCCUGGGAGACGGCAUGAUCACCCUGGAUGACAUGGAGGAGAUGGACGGUCUCAGUGAUUUCACAGGGUCUGUGUUGAGGGUGGAUGUGGACACAGACUGCUGCACGGCUCCCUACUCCAUACCCAGGAACAACCCCUACUUCAACAGCACCAACCAGCCACCAGAAAUAUUUGCCCACGGACUCCAUGACCCAGGCAGGUGUGCCGUGGACCGGCAUCAUACGGAUAACAACGGGAGUCUCUUGAUCCUGUGCACGGACGCCAGCGGUAGGAACGCGUCUGCAGGGAGAAUACUGGCGAUCACUAAGGGGAAAGACUACGAGAAUGAGGCAUCCAUCUUUGACCUGGCGACCAGUGGAGGAGCAGCACCUGUGGGAGGGUUCAUCUACAGAGGCUGUCAGUCCAGAAGGCUCUACGGGAGCUAUGUGUUCGGAGACAAGAACGGGAACCUGCGGAUCCUCCAGAAGGGCUCAGCGGCGGCAGGGGACCAGUGGCAGGAGAAAGCUUUGUGUCUGGGGACCAGCAGUUCCUGUGGCUCCGCUCUGGUGGGACAUAUCCUGGGCUUCGGAGAGGACCAACUAGGUGAAGUGUACAUCCUGGCCACCAGUAAAAGCAUGGCUCAGUCACACAGUGGGAAGCUCUACAAGCUAGUGGACCCUAAAAGGCCCGCGGUCCCUAAGGAGUGUCAGAGACAGGUGGAGGCCCCGGAGCUGCUGGGAACGGCCUGCUCACGGCAGUGUAAGAACGGACACUGCACCCCCACUGGGAAGUGUUGCUGCAGCACCGGCUGGGAGGGACCCUUCUGCAGAGUGGCUAAAUGCGAGCCGGCCUGUCGUAACGGAGGCGUGUGUGUUGAGCCCCACAUCUGCCUGUGUAAGAGCGGCUACUCGGGCGCCCAGUGUGAGAAGGGCGAGCGGGGCAUGCCUAGCGACCAGGAGAACGACGGCAUCCUGGAUCACAUCAUAGACAUGACCUCGUACCUGCUGAACCUCACUAGCUACAUGGUAUAGGGGCAUGGGGAGGGGGUCCACUCCCACCGCAACCCCCUCCGGGCCCCCUCACUCAACCACCGGAGAAGCCCAAGCAGAGCCUCCCUCCUCCGUGAUUCACCCCUGAGACACACCCCCCUGUCUGAACGUACCCUGUCCCCGUCAACACCCAGACUCUGGUAAUCUUCCUGCCCAUAAGCUCCGGUAGGCUACGUACACCAGGCAUCCAGGCCAAGCAUCCCUCCAGAGACCAUCACACAGACAGACACAGCAACGUGAUGGUUGAAUGCGUGGUAAUCGUCAUCUAUGGUCUAAUGGUUGGACCUCCACCGUGGCUACAUAAGCUCUUUUAUACUCUUCUUCUCCAGGAGAAAGUUCUUCUCGUCUCUCUCCCACUCUGGAACCCCCAUGCAGAUGACUUGAUUUUAGCACUGCACCCCUGCUGAGAACAGAGGGAGACCCCCUCGCGUUCUCUCCACACAACAACAACAAAAACAGGGGCCAUUUUGACUGAAGCCUUACAGAGAGCGAAGGGGAGUCGGCUGAGCUGAAACACGGCGAGGUGGGCGGAGGCGUGGUGACUUAAGUUAUCCCCCAGGACUGGAGAGUGGACAGCCCAAUACUGGGGGUUAGCUUUGGGUCUGCCUUCACCAACACAACACAGUCUAUAUACAGCCUUUAAAUGAACAUGCCAAUCUCUUCAGCAUCAGCAAUGCAAUAAUACUGACACUGACUGAAGAGUUUCUGAUAAUCUUACUGUGCCGUGUAAUAGAGCCCCAUACAGAGUCCUGUACUAUCUUGUCUAAAGGCGCUAAUAUGAACGACCAAUAGACCAAUGUCACAGUAAUAAUAAUGAUUAUUGUUAUUUUGACCCACUGUUUUCUCCGGGUGAUGUUUUGUGGGCACAUCUUCAUAGAAAAAGCUACGUUUUGAUACUUCAUGAUUUGCGGUAUAGAUUUGUUGUUCAUCGCUUACUUGACAUGCUGCCAAUGUACAGAAUGGAUCCAUAGCUGAAGAAUGAGUGUCUUUGGACUCAACAGGUAUCGAUAGAGUUUAUAUGGCUGUGUCCCAAAUGGCACCCUAUUCCCCGUAGAGUGCACUACUUUUGACCAGAGCCCUAUGGGCCCACGUCAAAAAUAGUGAGCAUCAUACGGAACAAGGGUGCCAUUAGGGACAGAGUCUAUGACAUUGUUAGGAUAGAGCUCAUAGCAUUGCACUCCCAAUGUCAACGCCAGUUUGAUACAUUUGAAAUGGAGUCAUCAACUCCACGCACUGUAAUGUAAUGUUUUUUGUGUUUCACAAUCAAGGGCAGGCGAUUAUGUUGGGACUAUAGUACGGUGUCAUACAGCAGUGACGUUGUCACACACUAACACAGUGGCACGCAGCAGGUCAAAUCUCACUCUUAAUCUUUCACACUGACCACACACACACACACACACUAACACAGUGGCACGCAGCAGGUCAAAUCUCACUCUUAAUCUCUCACACUGAACACACACACACACACACACACACACACACACACACACACACACACACACACACACACACACACACACUAACACAGUGGCACGCAACAGGUCAAAUCUCACUCUUAAUCUCUCACACUGAACACACACACACACACACACACACACACUAACACAGUGGCACGCAGCAGGUCAAAUCUCACUCUUAAUCUCUCACACUGAACACACACACACACACACACACACACACACACACACACACACACACACACACACACACACACACACACACACACACACACACACACACACACACACACACACUAACACAGUGGCACGCAGCAGGUCAAAUCUCACUCUUAAUCUCUCACACUGAACACACACACACACACACACACUAACACAGUGGCACGCAGCAGGUCAAAUCUCACUCUUAAUCUCUCACACUGACCACACACACACACACACACACACACACACACACACACACACACACACACACACACACACACACACACACACACACACACACACACACACUAACACAGUGGCACGCAGCAGGUCAAAUCUCACUCUUAAUCUCUCACACUGAACACACACACACACACUAACACAGUGGCACGCAGCAGGUCAAAUCUCACUCUUAAUCUCUCACACUGAACACACACACACACACACACUAACACAGUGGCACGCAGCAGGUCAAAUCUCACUCUUAAUCUCUCACACUGAACACACACACACACACUAACACAGUGGCACGCAGCAGGUCAAAUCUCACUCUUAAUCUCUCACACUGAACACACACACACACU